AUGUGCCGUUCGCGCAUACGCACUGCUGGCCGCAGGCCAAUGGGGAUCCCGUCUCACCACCUAGACCCUUUCAGGCCGUGGUUUCGUUUCAACUCCCAGCACCGUCGUCCUCAUCCUUCUCACCAUCUGCCCAUGGGCUGCUACUUUGGCACAUAUUGAUUAAUCAAUCCUCCCCUUGUUGGCCGCCAUGCACCACCACGAGUCUGGCCACACCUAUCCAUCCACCUAUCUGUCCAUGGGGUGACGUCGGCUCCAAUUCCCCUUCUCCACGUGCGAGCCACCACGACGUAUCUGGCCAGCCAACCAUGACAGCAGCCAGUACCACCGUCGCUGUUCGCCGUUUCUCACCUCUCCCCGGACCGAGCCUGUGGCGUACCCGGACUUGAUUGGAGUUUUGGAUGUGAGAGCUCGCUGUCCGCAUGUGUCAGCGUCUGUGUCUAUGGCGACCUAUUCGAGUCCCAUAUCAUACAUGCUUCAUCAAUCACCAACACCCGUCCGCUAAUUGGCGUGAUAUCUGUCAGACAGCCCGCCGGGCAAGUCUACACGCGUCAUGAGUCCUCCUCGUCCGCCUCCGCCCGCCUGUCCACUGUCCGCCAUAAGCCUGCUGCUGCCUCUAUCCCGCACCCUAAACUCUGUUCCUGAACCUUCUGGUCGGUGACUCGGUCCCAGUAGCUGUCUAAAAAAGCAGACAUCGGAGCCCGCCAAAUCCCCCAAUUGUAUCAACCCGCUCGCCUCGCCGGUUUCAAUCAAUCACGUCGAACCUGCCAUUCUCCAUCCCAGAUUCGACAUCACAUGGAGCAAGGUUGAAAGCAGGAUAUCGGGAAAAAUAAUAAGAGGAGACCACAAAAAAAAAAGUCCAUACCCACAUUCGUUCAUGCCAAACCCGAUCCUCAUGCCCACGUCUCCACAAAGGCGCCGAUAGAUUUUUUUUUCUCUUCUUUGCAAGCCCACUCUUUUCUUCUGUUCCCGUCCUCCUGCACGCGGGACGUCAUGUCGAGUCCACACCAACACUCU